AUCAAGAAAGAUGUCUGGUGGUGCCGAACACUUGCGUAAUUUCCAGUAGAACUUGCAGGUCAGCAGCGGGCCUUAAAAAGCCACCUCCUCAGAGCCCAUGACGGGAAGGCACUAUCUCUUCAGAAGGAAAGACGAUCAUACAGAUCAGGGAACUAACAACCAAUAUGAGCCGGCCACGCCGGACCACAUGUCGUCUGUAAGACAAGUCUUUCUGGACAAAUACCGAGAUAACAUUGAGAAAGGUUGCUACGAUGACCGAGAUUUGGAACGGAUUAAGACCGAUGAUUUUCUCUUGGAGCUCUACUGCAGACACCAGCCUAAAGCCAAAGUUGAAGAAGUUGCCUCCUUAAUUCACGAGUCAUUAAAAUGGAGGAUGGAAUACCAAAUAAAUGAUUUAUCGGACGAUACCUUUGAUGAUAAAAUGUGGGAACAACGUGCAAUAUUUUUCCAUAAUACAGACAAAGAUGGACACAAAGUCUUGAUCACCCAAGUUAAAUUGCACCGCAAAGGUGACAGUCACUAUCUGCUGACGGUGAAAAAGUUCUUUGCUUGGCACAUAGAAAAAGCCUUUCAAGAAAACCCUGGUGAACCACUAAUGCUGUUGUUUGAUAUGGAUGGUGCUGGGCUUGCGAAUUUGGACAUGGACUUCAUCAGAUUUUGCAUAAACUGUUUCAAAUCUAACUACCCAUGUAUUUUAGGAUUAAUGCUGGUAUAUGAAAUGCCUUGGAUUUUUAAUGCUGCCUGGAAAAUUAUCAAGACAUGGCUAAGUCCCGAAGCAGUUCAGAAAAUAAAAUUUGUUGACAAAGGCACAAUUCAAGAAUUUAUCAGUCGAGAUAAACUGAUGGAGCAAAUGGGAGGAACGGAUAAGUUCCACUCCAGUUACACUGCGAGUGGGACCAUGUUUUGUGAACCAGACACUGUGACCAACAGCAAAAUUUCACCUGAUGGCGCAUCAAGUUCAAGAAAGGUGAAGAUAUCAGAACCAAGCUCAUUACUUAGGAGCUACAGUUCAGAUAGUUUCAAAGAAGGAAGUAGGCUGCCAUUGGCUCUAAGUUCUUUAGAAAAGAAAUUUCACAACAAAGACAAUUGUUUUCAGACUCGUCUUUUGUCAAUCAGACCUGCUGAUGAAUUGUGUUUUCAACUGGAUGAGAAUGUGAAAGAGAUUUAUAGCACUAUCAGCCUUUCAAACACAUUAACAAACCCUAUUGCGUACAAGGUGAAAACAACAUCUCCAGAGAAGUUUCGAGUACGGCCCAGCGGUGGUGUGGUCAGACCUGGCUCUCCUGUUACGGUCAAUGUUCAUAUUCAGCCAGGUUUUGAAAACAAAAUCCAGUCUGAUAAGUUCCUGGUACGAGCAAUGGAAGUAACUGAUGAAAGCAAAGAUGUAGCAGAGCUGUGGAAGACGGUUCAAAGAGAAUCUAUUAUGGAACACAGAUUACGUUGUAUUAUAAAUUCUGAACCGGUUUGUUCCAGACCAGCCAACGACAUCACAACUUUAACAGAAAAGGUGGAAGUGCUCCAGUCGGCCGUCAGUCGGAUCGAGAGACGCCAGCAGCAUGUCAUCUUACUCCAGCUUGUUUUCCUCCUCGUCGUCAUCCUUGCCAUAGUUUCCGACUACUGGCAGUCCCUGUCUGCACCCCAAGAUCACAAGUCCAAGUACUGUCCAGCUCAGUGAUCCCUGUCUCAUGAAUCGUCCGUCAUUGGCUCCCUUUUUAGCUGUUCACAGCGGUUGUUGAUGCAUCAACGACCUCCUCGAUAUUGUUAACCCUCCCUCGCCAUCCCGCUCCCCACCUUUUUCAAUUAAUUUAUUAGCUGAGUAACGACCUCCAGGGUAAGUCGUCAAUCACACUGGUUUUGCUGAGGAACAACCCAUGACAAUUGUGGAACAGAUUUGGCAGAACCGGUAGAGCUUCAGACAAAACAGUCUUGUGGUAUUUAGUUAUGGGCCUUUACGUUCUGAGUUCAAAUCCCUUGAAGACCAACUUUGCCUUUUGUCCUUCUGGGGUCUGAUAAAAUAAAGUACAACUUAAGAACUG